AUGGCUAACAAUCAAGGUUGCAAGAUUACUCUCUAUUGGCUCGAGCAAUCUAGAAGUCACCGAAUCCUUUGGCUUUUGGAAGAACUGCAGUUGGAAUAUGAGCUCAAGAUCUUCAAGCGUCGCGCUGACAAGCUCGCUCCUGCUGAGCUGAAGGAGAUUCACCCGCUGGGCAAGUCACCUGUGAUCACCAUCCAGGCACCAGGCGUCGACAAACCGCUAGUAUUAGCGGAGUCUGGUGCGAUUGUGGAAUAUCUCUGUGACCACUUUAGUAGCGCGCGACCGACGCUAGUACCACAACGGUACACGCCCGGCAGCGAGGGUAAAGUGGGCGGAGAGACCGAGGAAUGGAUGCGCUAUCGCUACUUCAUGCAUUACGUGGAGGGUAGCCUGAUGCCUUUCUUGGUGAUGACCCUCGUCAAUGACUCCAUUCGGAACGCCCCACCAUUCUUUGUUCGGCCUAUCACCAGCAUUGUUGCCUCGCAAGUUGAGAAUCAGUUCCUGACCCGCAACGUUGAGGGUAACCUCUCCUUCCUUGAGGAGCAGCUCCGCACAUCUCCCGAGGGUGGCGAGUUCAUUUGCGGCAAGGAGCUGACAGCUGCCGAUAUUCUGCUGAGUUUCCCAGUAAUUGCUGUUACUAUGCGAUCGCUGAAGGAGGAGAAGAACAAGGGUAAAUACCCUCUUCUUGUCGAGUAUGCCAAACGCCUCGAGAGAAAUGAGGGGUACCAGCGUGCCGUGAAGAAGAUUGAGGAAGUCGAGGGGAAAUUCUCAGCUUCUAUUAUAAAGUCUGAGAACCCCAAAUCUGAUUACGUCAUUCAGCUGAUUCAUCAUCAUGUGACCUUCAACUUCAAUCCCGGCGACGCUUGCAAGCGUCGUCUAUUCUGUGUCCACGCUUCUACGCUUUCCGCAACAAUGGCUGGUCCUAGCAAGUCUCUGAUCCUUGACCCGGCCCUCCAGAAAUACUAUGAACUCAACGCCAACCGCUACAAGUACUGGCGCUGGACCCCGCGCCAUGCCAUGCUCUCGUUCGUCUACAUGGGCCUGAUCCCCGGCGUCCUAGGCUACUUCGCCUACAAGUACGAGGGCAAGUACGAGCUCCGUGGCAAGCGCAGGGAAGAUACGAUUUCCGAGUGGUAG